CCUCCUAACGACAAGCGCAAACCUUGGUGCGGUUGCGCAAACCCGGCGCCUACACGGAUCACGAGGCUGAUCGGGCGGCGAGGCGCGGCCAGACGGACCCGUUCAGCCGUCACUCUCAUCCCCGUCCCCCCUCCUCCCCACCCCAGUCCCCAGUCGCUGAGAGAGAAGAAGAGAUAUCGAACCCUCCCGAACCUUCGGAGCGCGCACGGGGCGAGCGAGGGAGAGAGAUGGCAUACGGCGGCGGCAGGAGGGGCUCUUCCAGGUGGGGCCUUCCGAUGGUGAGGUCGGACGCGCUCGGCAAGCUGGGCCCCUCCUUCGGCAUCGGCGCCGGCUGCGGCGUCGGCGUCGGGGUCGGCCUCAUCGGCGCUUUUGGAGUGGGAAGACUGCAGGGUUCAGGUAACUCAGGCGCAGGAAUUGGAGCUGGAUUCCCUGGUUUACAGCUGGGAUUCGGAGCCGGUGCUGGAUGUGGAAUAGGAAUAGGUUUCGGCUAUGGUUUUGGAAAAGGAAUUGCAUAUGACGAGAACGGGAAAUAUUCGAACAUCAGGAGAUCAUUUCAGAACACCAGGAGCCUUCCUUAUGAUCAGGAGUUUGAUAUCCUGUUUGACGAGGUGAUGGAGAGCACCAGGAAGCUCAUCAAAGCGACGACAAAGGAGCUCGACAAGUGGAGGCGCAUGUAGAGCGAACAUCACAUGAACAAACAGGGAUUCAGCGAGAUACGCCGUCAGUAUUCUACCCUGGUGAAGGAUCAAUUUCGUCAAGGCAUGUGCGAGGAUGCGAGCAUCAUGUGACGGAGACGCCGUCCCCGCACCACCGGAAUAUCCUGCGCGGCGUCGCUGUCGGUAGCAUAUAUUGUUCGUCUGUAGAAUCGCUGUUUCGCAUUGAAAUACUCGGGGCCUCGCGCAUCAUCGCCUCGAAUCAAAUCUUUCUCUGUCUCGUUAAACAUGGUGUCUAUAUUUAAGUUCCUGAUUAGUAGUCAACGUCACCUCGCUGGAGUCAGUGAUGUUCAUGCUUCUUUCUUGGGCAUCAUUGUUAAACAAGAUUUGUGUUCCUCCACAGCAGUACUACAUACACCAACACCAAACGCUUCCUACGUCAGGCGAAAAUGAAAUGCUUGUAUUAUUGAUUUCA